AUGGAGUCCUACACGUUCCUUUCGCAGGCAUCGUUGGCCGCAACAAUGAUGGCCGCAACCGCUUGCACCUAUGUCGCCUGCACUCCACCCCAUCCCAAUUCCGGGAAACCCACACAAACCAACGAUUUUAUCUCGACCUUGAAUCUUACGCAGAAGCACAAUAUCAAAAUUCUGUUGGCUCCUCUGUGUAUCCUUGCGUUGCACUCAUCUAUACUGGCUCUUUUCUACCCACAUAUCCCGCCAGGCAUUCUCGGUUACGGCGCCGAGAACGGGCCCAAUACGGAUCUGCUCACGUGGUCGGCCGCGACCACCAUCCCGCUAGCUCUAAUACUGCUCGCGGGGGUCCCGCUGCGACUGAUAUCAUAUUCGUCGCUGGGGAAGAACUUCACCUUUGCGCUCACCAAACCAGAUCGCUUGACGACCACUGGCAUUCAUCGCUAUCUGCAGCACCCCAGCUACACGGGGGUGGUGAUUCUCAUCGUUUGUAACAUAGCAUUGUUCGCCAGGGCGGACGGCGUGGCCAGUUGUUGGUUCCCUCAGGAGUGGGUACGGUUCUGUCAAGCUGUGAGACCGACCUCAAUCAUCCUUGGUCUGUCCAUGUUGGCCUUUGCCGUGUGGAGGCGCGUACAGGAGGAGGAGGAUAUGCUACGCUCUGAAUUUGGUGCCGAGUGGGAGAAGUGGCACGCAAGGACUGCGCGCUUCAUUCCUUGGGUGAUAUAA